GGCGGCAGGCUCGCGCCCGGACUCGCCCCGCGCCGCGCCAGAGGCUCGCGCACUCAGCGGGUUGGGCUGCGGCGGCGGCGGCGGCUGUGGGAGCCCGAGCGCUGCGCGUGCUAGGUCCCAGACGCGUCUGCGGCGCUCGCCCCGCUCCCUCCGCUCGCCCUCCGUCUCCGCGCCGCGUUCUGAGGGAAGGAACGGCGCUGGGUAGCGGAGCCCGAGCGCACCCCGGGCUGCCUCCGACACCGCCCUGCGGGCCUCGCUCGGCGCCAGGCGGCUCUGCGGGGAGGCGGCGGCGGCCGUCGCUCGGCCGAGAGUCGCUCUCCCUUCGGCCUCGCCCUCUGCCCGGGCCUCGCGGCGCCGAGAGCACCCGCCGGCUGCCCUCCCGCGCGUCCCUCUCCGUCAGCCGGUCCGAGCUGCAGCGCUCUGGACGAGGUCUCUGGACUGAGGCGGCGGCUCCUCCGGCUCCAUCAUGUCCGCGGGCGGAGACUUCGGGAACCCGCUGAGGAAAUUCAAGCUGGUGUUCCUGGGGGAGCAGAGCGUUGGAAAGACAUCCUUGAUCACCAGAUUCAUGUAUGACAGUUUUGACAAUACCUAUCAGGCAACAAUUGGCAUUGACUUCUUAUCAAAAACAAUGUACUUGGAAGAUCGAACAAUCAGGCUGCAGCUGUGGGAUACUGCGGGUCAGGAACGUUUCCGUAGCCUCAUUCCCAGUUACAUCCGUGACUCUGCUGCAGCCGUAGUAGUUUACGAUAUCACAAAUGUUAACUCAUUCCAGCAAACUACAAAAUGGAUUGAUGAUGUCAGAACAGAAAGAGGAAGUGAUGUCAUCAUCAUGCUAGUAGGAAAUAAAACAGAUCUUGCUGAUAAGAGGCAAGUGUCAAUUGAGGAGGGAGAAAGGAAAGCCAAAGAGCUGAAUGUUAUGUUUAUUGAAACCAGUGCAAAAGCAGGAUACAAUGUAAAGCAGCUUUUCCGACGUGUUGCUGCAGCUUUACCUGGAAUGGAAAGCACACAGGACAGAAGCAGAGAAGACAUGAUUGACAUAAAACUGGAAAAGCCUCAGGAGCAACCAGUCAGUGAAGGAGGCUGUUCCUGCUAAUCUCCCUUGGCAUCUUCAGCCCUUCUGCGGAAGCUCACUGCUUUGGUCCCAUACUCUUUCAUUGACUGCAGUGUGAAUAUUGGCUUGAACCUUUUCCCUUCAGUAAUAACGUAUUGCAAUUCAUCAUUGCUGCCUGUUUCGUGGAGAUGAUCUAUUAGCUUCACAAGCACAAAAAAGUCAGUGUCUUCAUUAUUUAUAUUUUUUAAAAGCCAAACAAUUCCAGCAUACUCGUGAUAACUUUGAGGAUUAGAUACAUUUUCUUAACAUUUUUUCCUUUCUAAUGUUAUGAUAAUGUACUUUAAGAUGAUAAAUCUCUCAGCAGCAGUGUGUGGCUUGUUAAGGAGCACUGAGUUCACAGCAGCAUUUGCCUACCUUCUUGCUGUCUCCAGCUUUUCUUGCCUCUUCUUCUGUUCUUACCUUCCCCAAACAAACGAGACGGCAAACAACAGUCCAACCAAGCCCUUUGUAAUUAUCCUUAGUUUUACAGAUACCUUUAGUUCCUGGCCAUGAGCCACAAUGUCCAAAAUUAUUCUUGAGCACUGAUAUAAAUUACUUAGGACCUUCUUUGAGGUCGGAGCGCAGCUGUUGUUAUCAUGAUGGGCAGUGCUUGAAUGAGGAAGGGUUCUCUUGUGUCUUCGGAAUGACACAGUCCUAAUGAGUUUACUGAGUGCUUAUAGGUAAAGGAACAUAAAUUAUACUUCUGACCAGAAUAGGUGACCCUUUCACACGAGCUUUACUAGACUCUGGGAGAGAAAAGUAGCCAAGUACUUCAAAACCUUUUUAAAUAUUUGUUCCGUCAUGGUGAAAUUAUAAAAGUUCUAACAGUUCUCCCCAAAUUUUUUAGUUGUCAAAAUAUUGUCUUAAAAAAAUCAACACCUUUUAAAGCAAUAGAUUUAACUUGGGAUUCUUUUUCAAAAAUGCUAUGCAGACAAGGCAUUGUAAAAAUCUAUUUUCUUCAAGAACCAGCAGAACAUAAUUUGACAACAUGACAAACUGUAUCUAGAGGAAAUAAUGAUCUCUAAUGUUUACCAACAAAAGUACCCUCACAGAAUAGCAAAUACCCCUCUGCUUCAGACAUUUGAGGUCAAAUUUAAAUAUGGAAGUACUUUCCUUGCAAGCCCCUAGAGGCAGGUCAAAGAAAGCAUGCAUUAAGAGGAAAAGGAGAGACUGAAAAUAAAAGUCACUAUAAUGCAGAUUUAUGCCUUAUUUUUUAGCAUUUUUUAAAUGUUGGGUCUUUUAAGCUGUUUUUGCUUUUUAUUAGAUCUAUAUAAAUAAGUUAGCUAGCAGUUUAGUUUUGUAUUUAAGCUACAAUUAAUCUUUUUUUCUUCGGUGAUAUUUAUUUCUUUGCUUUUUUUUUUUUUAAGCUGAAUUUUUAGGUGUUUUGUUGAAUGUUUAGAGCUUCAUCACCAUGGCAAUAUGUAUUUCCCUUGAAACAUUGCAAACAAAUAUACUAGGAGUGCACUCUUUUAAUCUUUACUAGUUAUUGUGAGAUUGCUGUGUAAGUUAAUAAACACAUUUGUAAAUACAUUGUUUGCAGGGGAAAAAAUUCUGAGUUCUAGCUCAGAAGAAGCCUGCGGAGUUUAUGUUGUAAGCAUUACUUAACACAGUAUAAAGAUGAAAAGGUAACAAAAAUAACUUCAUAUUUCCUCACCUACUCAUUGCAACAAAAUCCUUAACUAGGAGAACCUGACUCCCCCUCUCCCUCUUCCUCCUCCACUCCUCACAUACUGUCACCUUGUAAUACUUGGAGAGCACUUGGAUUAUGGAUCUGAAUAGAGAAAUACUUUCAGAUAAUCAUUAGCCCACAUAUCCUGUAACUUAUACUCAAACAUGGGAUGGAGUUGUAAAGUGCUUUUAUAAUACAUAUUAUUGUUAAAAGCAAGGAUUGACUCUUUUGUUUUAUUUUGACAUGGCAUGUCCUGAAAUAAAUAUCAAUUCAAUAUGGCA